CAUCCCUCUUGGGAGGCCUUCUCGAAACGCAUACUGUCUAUCAGGGAUGGCUGAUCCCGAUGGUCUGCUGCCGCGAGAGCAUACAUUAACCUGCUGCCCUUAACCUCAGCUCCCCUGGCCUUCUAUCCCUUUCCUUCCCCCAUCGCCACUCGCUUCCACGCUCUCUUCCACUUCUCCCCCAUUGACGCGGAGUUCAUCACACUUCCUUUCUCGUCGCCGGUCGACCCGUUCGUUCCUCGCUUCCGAUCUCUCUGCACUUCUCUCUCAGGGACCAGCACGUACAUACAUACACACUUCUUAAUCAGCCACCAUGAAGCUCACCGUCGCUACCGUGCUCACUCUCGCCGCCGUGGCUCUUGCCUAUCCUGCAGUUGACAAGAGUGCACCGGCCAAGCGCCAGAACGCCGGGGAUCAAAUUGACGUCUCAGUUCCCUCCAUGACGGACGCGAGCGGGAACGUCGUUCCGUUCAAUGCCCAAAACGUCCACAAGGACGCGACGGCUAAGGGGAUCUGAUCGACUAGCCUUUGCCACACACGACAUUACCAUUCAUACAACUUCUACGAUAUUUCAUAUACUUGGUCGACUAUGUCCCUUCAGAGAUAAUGUCGUGGACAAGAGGGCAGAGGGUAACUUGGGACUGCGGCCAACCUCGAUGGUUAGGCCACAAGAAGGAGUGUGGUUCGGUCAGUACGGAGGGUUCUUGGGAAGGGAGAGAGGAAACUUUUUGACAAGCAGGAACGAAUAAAUACGUAUUUUUAUUUUUG